AUGAUUUUUUCUUUUCAUUUCAAAAAAAAAAUUUUAUUCACAGAUAGUUUGUGCAGAUUCCACAGCAAAGAGCUUCUUCAAAAUAGACUAUCUGGCAAGACAAGUACCAAUAUGAAGCUUAUAGUAUCGUGUGAAGAUACCGGUGCCUUGAAAGUGGUCACUGCACAACAUGGUGUCGACACGUCCAGGCCAGCACCAAAGGAUGAUCCAAAUGCAGUAGCACCACCAACAAUCACCACACAUGCCACUGGAUACUCUAGGAAAUCUAGGGUAGUUCAUAUGGUCAAGUCACCCAAGACGGGUAACAUUGCUGUCACUCGCUCUGAUGGAUCUGUCCAAGUUUACGAUACCGCUAAAUUACGAAACAAUGAGGUAUGCAACGAUGAUUCAGAGCUUCUUCCCCUACUAUCUGAACAUAAAAAUGUUAUUCCAGAAAGCACUAAUAAGGACAAUGAAGUCUUUGUAGACUUAGCCGUGGAUGAUAUAGGACGCCUCUUAACAGCAACAAAUAAAGGUACACUUUUUAUCUGGUCAUCUGAGGAGAAACUAUCAGACAACCCGGCCAAUUAUCAAUUACCACUGAAACCCAACGAGGUGGUUGAAACAUUUCAACUUCAUCCUGGAAAAACUGAUGAUACUUUAUAUAUCGCAUAUGGAGGAAAGGAAACCGAUUUACGUAUAGUUAAGUUACCAACUUCUAGUGGACAUAGUGAAACCCCAGAAAUUGUAUUUGCAGCUAAGAAUGUUUCCAACUCAAAACUUGAGUUGCGUGUGCCGAUACAUAUAAAGAAGAUCCUUUUUGAUAAAUCCAGCACUCCAGAAAACUUCAAGCUGUACACUUUUACACAAUGGGGAGACUUAAGAUUCUAUGAUUCUUCACAGGGACGUAAACCAAGAUAUUCUAAACUCAUCUUACCUAGCAAGGGCCCAGUAACAAAUGCAAUAUGGAUGAAUGAUGACUUUGUUGUCACCAAUACCAGUGGAAUAGUUGAAAAGGUGAAUUCAACUUCGGGUUCUCAAGUCUGUCAAUUUAAAGAUCACAUUGGAUCCAUUCAAUCACUCUUCAACUUUAAUGAUUCAAUUUUAGUAACUGCAGGUACAGAUCGUUAUGUUCGUGCUUAUAACAAUAAAACUAGGGAUUGUAUUGUCAAAGUAUUUGUUGGAACGCAAUCCAAUGCAGUUAUUCUUUUGGAAGACUCCGAAACUUUAGGGCGCCAUAAAGCAAAUAUUAUUGGUGACAGAGCCCUGGAAUCCAUCAGAAAACAAGAAGAAUAUAUGGCCAGAAAAGCGUCUGCUGCUGCUGAAGAUUCUGGAGAGGAAAGUGACGAAGAUGAACUAUGGAGUAAAUUGGAUAGCUCGAGUGUAACGCAGAGAAGAAAGAGAAGAAAGAUCACAUUAGCAUAG